AUGGAUGGAGAUAGGAAAGGGCAGUGCUCAAGUUUGAAUCAUAAUUCAAAGACCUGGAGGAAAAUGUGGAGCCUGCAGGCACCUCAAGCCACGAAGUCCUUUCUAUGGAGAGCAGCCAAGGAGUCCCUUCCCACGUGUUUGAACUUGUAUAAAAGGAAGAUGGUUGAUUCUCCCCUCUGUCCAGUCUGCCACAGAGUUCCUGAGUCAGUUACUCAUGCCAUCUGGUCAUGUUCAGCUGCACAAGAUGUUUGGUCUAUGAGUACUAAGAGAAUACAGAAACUAAAUGUGGAAGAUGGCCCUUUUGUUGAGGUUCUGAAGCCCUUGUUAGAGAAUCUCUCCUCCCAUGAGCUUACAGAAGUGGCAGUUACAGCAAGAGCUAUAUGGAACAAGAGGAAUCAGUGGCUGUUUGAGCAAUCUUUUCACUCACCUUUCCAGGUGGUUAACAUUCUUGAGUGGACUGCCCCUCCUUCAAGCUUCUAUAAGGCUAACUGGGAUGUAGCAGUGGAUAAGGGGAAAUCCAGGAUCGGUGUGGGAGUGAUUGUGAGGGACUCGAGUGGUAUGGUGAUGGCUUCAAUGUGCUCUUCCAUGCUCUUAGACCCAGAUCCUUUGCUAGGGGAAGCCGUAGCAGCUCUCAAAGCAUCUACUCUUUGCUCUAAUAUAGGACUGGAUCAGGUCAUGUUAGAGGGGGAUUCAUUAGCAGUGGUCCAAGCAGUACAAAGCAGGGAAGAGUGCUGGAGUCCCACGGGUCUAGUGAUCAGGGAUAUUAAGCUUGUAUUGUCUAGAAUCUGUACUUGGUCUAUCCAUCAUAUUUCUAGAAGGUUGAAUGUAGUGGCACAUGUGCUAGCUAAGUUUGCUUUGACAUGUUCGGGGGAACAUACUUUUAUGGAGGAUUACCCUCCAUGUAUUCGGAAUCUACUUUAG